UCGGUUCAAUAUGCUGGCUAAAAUACUUUUAGGGACACUCUUCGUCGCUUUGAGUGUCUGUGGAGGUAAAGCCACAGCUAGUGUCCUUAAGUUGCUGCCGGAAAACUUACAAGAUUUCAAGUGCAACGACGAAGCCAUAGGAUUCAAACUCAACCUAACUGAACUCGCCGGCUACUGGUACGAAGCUGCCCGGAUUCCCAAGGUCCCAGUGGAGUGCCUUAAUGUCUCCAUUCCUGCAGAGACUAAAAACAACAGUCUAGACUUGGGUUUGACCUAUGUCAGCACGUACAACAAUAGUUGGGAACUUACCAAAGAGGUCGUCACUUUACCCUGGACCAACUCAACGCAAUAUGGGAUUGCCAGUCUGGACACGGUAGACAUAUCAUACAAGCUGGUGACCACGGACUACGUUUCCAUUGCUGUAAUCUGCGGCUACGACAGCUCUUCGAUCAUACCAAUAUUCAAGCUUUUUACUAGGGAUCGCGAGGUCAGUCAGGAAGUCUACGAAAUGAUCAACACACAAGCCGAGCAGUAUGGAUAUCAAUCCCUGAUAAGCUGGGAGAAGCAAUCACUGGAAGAGUGCGGUGGAUCCAGUGCAUCGAGUGAUUCAAGUGGAUCUAGUGAGUCCAAUGGAUCAAGUGGUCAAGCCCCUUUGACUGCUCUAAUGGGAUUUAUUAUCCUCCUCUGCGGAUUCUCAAUUUGGGGGAGCUAUUAAAUAAUGUAACUAAACUAAUCA